UCAUAAAAGCCGAGUUGCCCCUCGAGCGUGAGUCACAACGAUUGUUAUCAUUCACGGAGUAACACUGCCGAAAGUUUUAGUGUGACUACUCCAAGUAUUUAAUGCACAAGGACAUCAUCAUGAGCGUACAGAUUUCGGAUAUGGAGAGACCUUUAUCUCGUGGAAGUGACGGGCCGGUUAGCCCGGGUUGCAGCGAGUCCGGCUCGGAGUCUUCAGACACCACGCUUCACGGUGAUGGUACCCCAUCAGCGUUGGACCCCCGUUUCUCGCCGUCCAUCCGCGAUGCAGUCAGCCGGGUGCUCCAGGGUUACGACUGGUCCCUGGUCCCGAUGCCGACCCGAGUCAGCGGUAACCCCAACGCCAAGCCCCACAUCAAGAGACCGAUGAAUGCCUUCAUGGUGUGGGCCCAAGCAGCCCGCAAGAAACUUGCCGACCAGCACCCACACCUACACAACGCCGAACUCAGCAAGACGCUCGGCAAAUUGUGGAAACUGUUGUCAGAGCCAGAGAAACAGCCCUUCAUCGAAGAAGCAGAACGUCUUCGCCAGCAACAUAAGAAGGACCAUCCCGACUACAAGUACCAGCCACGACGUCGCAACAAGAGCAACAACAAACCCAGCAAGGGCCCUCUGAGUACCGACACCACCACGCUAUGCAAGGGGUCUCGCUCUCCGGGAGACACCAGCAGCGACGACGGUUCCAAGAGGUACGCCGUCCAUGCCACACCCCAGCAGAAUGGUCCUCCUACCCCACCCACCACGCCCAAGAAUGACACAGACUGCCUGAACGGGCAGCCGCCACAGAAACGCAUGAAGUACAUCCAGCUUCUGAAGGGCGGUGACCGUCAACAGCAGCAGCUACCCAUGGACCUGGCUGGUGUGGACGUUCGAGAUCUCAGUAGCGACAUGAUGGCCAAUAUGGACGGCCUGAUCAACGAGGACCUCGACCACUACCUCGUGGCAAGCUCCGCUCAGAGUCCACAGGCGCAACAAACCGCCAACUGCAACACGUAUGCCAUGAUGAACAGUUGCCAGAACCUCACGCAAUCAGAGCAGUGGGUCAACCGGCAGGGUAUACCCCCAAUACCCGUCGCUGUCUCAGUCUCCAACACCAUGAAGCUGGAGGAGGAAAUCCUGUCUCCCGAGCAGCAGCACUUCUCCUCAUCACCUACCUCCUCAAACCAAGUACAGCCUUAUGACUUCAGUAUGCAGCCUCACUAUGCUGAGUACCCCUCGCCUACCGGUCAAACCUAUGACUAUCCUCAGCAGCCUCAACCAGCCCAGAUCGGCUACUAUGCAAACAAUCCCAACAGUCCGUCUGCAACCACGAUGCCCUCCUCCUACCAGUUCCCACAACAGCAGGUUUCACCAAACCAAGCAUACCUCGCAGUUGAGAGUACGCAAUCCAUCCUCCCAGAAGCCCGCACGUGGAACAACUACCCGAAUCAGGCCAGGUCUUGGGAAGACCAUUCCACAGACAAAUCAUGUAAAAGAAGCCCCAUCAACUAACUUUGUGUGUCUGGUGGAAGCCCCAUCAACUAACUUUGUGUGUCUGGUGAAAGGGGUCCAUCAAUGAACUUUGGUUAGCCAGCCUGUCGAUAAACACUUAAGGUGAACUCUCUGUUGUGUUACAAGUUAUUGCUGAACACGCUGUGCGUGUCCUAUUAAACCAUAAAGUCAGAUUGUGUGAACGAAGGAAAGAAUGUCCUGUGUAUGUAAAGUUGCCUUGUAAAUAGAGUUUCAUAUUUUAUUAAGUUAUGUGGGCCGAGUCAUUUUAUGAGUUUAAGGGUGAAUGGGUAUACAUGGGUCAACAGGUGUUUUUUUUAGCAUUGGGUGGCAGCCUUCUCUUGCGAUGGGUGUCUUUUUUUAUACUACAAAUAAUAAUGAGCACACAUUGAAAAGAAUCUAUGCAAUCUUUUACAACCAAAACUUGGGGGAUGUUAAACCGUAUUUAAAUUGAUAUGUAAUAUACCGAGUUGAUCUUUGUAUGGUUUCAAGCAUACACAUUGACAAUGAAUAUUGAAGUUGUCAUUAAAAAAGUGGUACAAGUCUAGUAUAUGCAUUUCAAGCAUUCUUUGAAUAUCAUGUAUACUUGGAUAUUAUUUUAAUGUAUAUUUGCAAAAGUCUGGUACCACUUUCAAAGUCAAAUAUUUUCUUGAUCUCUUUAAAAACCAAGGUAGCCUGACUGGACCCAUUUUCGUUGUAAGUUUCUUAUAUCAUUUUUUGCUUCAAUUUACCAUACCGAAUGGCUAUGAAAGAAAAUAUUGUCUUCCAUAAUAUCGUCACCUAAAUAUCACUGUCUUCUACAGUCAUUUGUCAAAUUUUCUAAACGCAGUUAAAAACAUGUUUUUUUUUUUUUUUUAAAUAUAACUUUCAUUAAGUAUUCACUUUUUAUACAAAAUUUCUUACAAAAUAGAUUGGGAUGGUUGAUAGAGAUCACUUUGAACCAAUGAUUAUUAAAACCUCCACGCAUGUAAAAAGUAAACAUUUUUUACCAUUUUUGUAAAAAGAGCAACGUUAUUUUGAAUCAAACUGAUUUUUGGUACAUUUGUUAAGGUUUUUUGUAAAUGUAAAUAGCUUGAGAUUAAUUAUUAUUAUAAUAACUGUUCACCUUUUGUGGUUAGAAUAAUUAAUAGUAUACAAUACAAGUUUGAAUUUGAAGUUAAUAACUUAAAGUUAAGAUAAUCAGGGUCCACUUUUUAAUAAGGCAGAUUUUGCUAAGCUGUUUGUGGCAGAUAACCAGUCAUGACUUCAUAAUGCAACAGUUUGGGAAGUAACCCGUGUUUGGUAUUAACGCUAAACUGCUUAGCAAUACUCUGUUCUUAGCGACUGUAUGGAAUUGACCCCCAAUAUAUCUGUAUGGCCUUCGAGGGCUAAGUUUGGUUCUUAAAUUUGAGAACAGUUCUUCAUUGGAAUAAAUAUCUAUGGUGACAAAAAUGAAAGUAAAUUUGAAUGCAUCCGAAUUUCUGGCUCAACAUGUAUUCUAUGCAACGGAUUUUCAUGACCUCUCCCUUCCCCGAAGCACACCUCUCUACAAUUUCCUGCUCCGUCCCUCGGUUCUCCAGAAAGAAAUCGAGACUUUAAAAACAUUCGUCACCACUACACCACACUUCUAGCCGCAAACUGGUUCUUAGGAUACUCCUUUUCCGAGCCGCAAACUCAUCCCUUUAGUAUGCACUGUAAUUCUUUCCACAUCUCCAAACCAAACGGGCCAUAAAUUCAAGUGCAAACCCUUAAGUGACAAAUGAUUCAUCAAAGCAAAGGAAGACACAACUCGUGUCGAUCUCAUCCCAAAGGAGAAAUAACCAAUAUUUUCACACCCUGAGUUUUGAAAUAUCUUGUUUUGUUACUCGAUGUAUUUCAACCCCAAAAACUGGCUCUAUUUUUGAUUCUGGGACCACACAGGUUCAGGAGUGGUUGGGGGUCGGAUGUGUUACAAGUACCCAUAAUACCUUUUACACUAAACAUGUGGCCCAGACCACUUAGCAUCAUAAAUAUCGGCCGAAGCUCUUCGUUUUAGCCAAGGAAAUGCAAUUUACCCACCACAGUCAUAAAAAAUUAAGUUUAACAAAACCAAGCUGGGUUGUAUUUAAAAGGCAUUUUAAAGGAGUGUUUCAGAGAGAAUUUUAUGUUUCAUCAGCCACAAGGGAAAAAUACAUUGUUUUUAAUGGCGAAUAGUUUUGGGAGCCGGUCAAGGUAGUUUGAUUUCUUCUGAGAAAAUGUUCCAACUGUCAACCUCAAUCAAUGUAAAUUAUAUCAAUUAUGGUUUUGAACCUUAACGUGUUUGCUAGAUGAGAAGAAACAUUAAGAAGUUGGUUUAAGAAGUUGGUCUAUUUAAUACCUCCAUGGUUUAACCACAGAAAAGAAAGUCCAAGCUUUGACCACAAGAAGUUCGACUCAAAGGUUGUUCGUGCCUUGAUGUUGUUAUCUUUGCAGCCCCACCAAACAACAUGUUUUAUAAUAAGUACAUUUUGUAGAUUAUUUGUAACUUAAUUCAUGAUUUUUAAUUUUUAUUUAACAUUCCCGUUUUAUUUAAAAAGAUGUUUGUAUUUA